AAUCAAAGCCCUCCCUCAAACGCUCUCCUCUCGUAUCACUCAAUCUCUCUCUCUCAAAAACUGUGUCUACAAAGAAGAGAAAAACUCAUUUUUGUUUCUCUUCUUCUUAUAUCCUUUUCCUCCUUUGAUUUGGGUGCUUCAAAAUUUUCCUUUAUUUUCUCGUUUGCUGGAUUUUGUUGCGUAUAUAUAUAUAUAUAUAUAUAUUUUGGCUGCUGAAUCAACAGUAAGAAAAAGAAGGAAAUGGCAACCGUUAAUGGGUACCAAGGAAACACACCAGUGGCCACUAGUACUGGAACGAAACAGCCAGCCCCCACUGCUAAGACUGCUGAUUCUCAAUCUGUUCUUAAAAGGUUGCAAUCUGAAUUGAUGGCUUUGAUGAUGAGUGGAGAUUCUGGAAUAUCAGCAUUCCCUGAAGAGGACAACAUAUUUUGCUGGAAAGGAACAAUUACAGGAAGCAAAGAUACUGUAUUUGAAGGAACAGAAUACAGGCUAUCUCUGGCAUUCCCGAAUGAUUACCCUUUUAAGCCCCCAAAGGUUAAAUUUGAGACUGCCUGCUUUCAUCCCAAUGUUGAUGUCUAUGGCAACAUUUGCUUGGACAUUCUUCAGGAUAAAUGGUCAUCUGCUUAUGAUGUAAGAACCAUACUGAUAUCUAUCCAGAGUCUGCUUGGAGAACCAAACAUUAGCUCACCUUUAAACACCCAAGCAGCACAACUUUGGAGCAAUCAAGAAGAAUACAGGAAGAUGGUUGAGAAGUUGUACAAGCCUCCUAAUGCAUAAUUUGAGAAAUCAAAGGGUAACAGGAGUUAGAACUCCUGUUAAUGAAUAAUUUGAGAACUCCUUUGGAGAAAUGAGAACAUGAAAAUUGUCUUUUUUUUUUUUUUCUUUUUCUACAGUGUGUGCUUCAUUCUUUUUCCUAAUUAAUGAAUGGUUUCACUUGAUUGAA